CGGCUUCCAGCUGCGCAUGCGCACUACCUCUGAGCGCACGCCGCUGGGGGGGCGGAAUUUGUCCGCGUCCUCGCGCCUCGUCUCGGUGGCGGGAAAAGUAGGUCGAGGUGGAAAGGCUGUGCGGAAUGGCUGCGACAGCGUAGGCUGCGCCUCGUCUUUAGGUCCUCGUCGCCCCGGAAGAGGCAAGGAAAGUGUAGUUUCUGAACUGGAUGAUGGCAACAUUACAGAAUUAUGAAGAAUCUGAAAAGGGGACAAAGAAAACCUUUGCUCCACCUACACAAAAACCACAUAACGUGAAACCCCAGCCUAAGUCAUGGAAGGAGGAGACCCUGGGGACCAGUUCUCCAGAGGCCGAGGCCAAGCCAAGCCUCCCGAAAGCCAGCUCAAAGAAGAGGGAGCAGAAGACAGCUACAGAGCAUGGUCCAAGUGGGGGCCAGGAGAAAAAGCGAAAGGCUCAAGACAAGCUGGCUGAGAAGAAAGGAAAGUCUCUGCAGGAAAAACCAACUCUUACCAACGCAGAAUUUGAGGAGAUUUUCCAGAGUGUACUGCAGAAAUCCCUGCAGGAGUGCUUGGGGUUGGAGUCUGGCCUUAAUUUUGCAGAGACUUCCUGUGCCCAACCCAUAAUACCUACCAAAUCAGACAGAGAACCAGGAAUUGCUCCUUCAGCAGAUAAUGAAAAUGCUGAUGGGGAGAAGGUAAUAGUACCUGAUACUCCAGAGAUUGCAUCUUCUCUGGAAGAGGAAGUGAGCUCUGAGACAAGGACAUCUAAGCCAGGCCAGCCAGUUACUGAACCCUCUAAGAAGAAAUUCAACAGACUUUUUUCAAGCAAAAGAAAGAAGAAAGCUGAAGAUGAGAAAAUCCAAGAUGGACAUGAGUGCAGUCUGAAAGACAAACAGAAGACAAUGAUUCAGGAUCAUUCUCAGAUCCGGGGCCAGCAGAAAGAAGAAGAAGGUGGUUUUGGCCAGUGUCUCAUCUGGGUCCAGUGUUCCUCUCCAAAGUGUGAGAAAUGGAGGCAGCUACGUGGAGGCAUUGAUCCCUCAGUUCUCCCAGAUAACUGGUCUUGUGAUCAGAAUCCAGACCUGAACUAUAAUCGCUGUGAUAUUCCUGAGGAGACCUGGACAGGGUGUGAGAGCGAUGUGGCCUAUGCCUCUUACGUUCCAGGAUCCAUCAUCUGGGCCAAGCAAUACGGUUACCCCUGGUGGCCAGGCAUGAUAGAAUCUGACCCUGACCUGGGGGAGUAUUUUCUUUUUGCAUCUCAUCUUGAUUCCCUGCCGUCCAAGUACCAUGUGACAUAUUUUGGAGAAACAGUUUCUCGUGCGUGGAUCCCAGUUAGCAUGCUGAAGAACUUCCAGGAGCUGUCCCUGGAGCUAGCCAGAGUGAAAAAAUGCAAGAACAAGGACUAUGGCCAGAAACUGGAGGCAGCCAUAAGGAUGGCUCACAAGGCAGAGCAGAUCAGUGUUCAGGAGCGGGUUAACUUGUUUGGUUUCUGGAGUCGAUACAAUGGAUCUGACGGCAGUGGGGAAGGGAAAGAUUUGAUGGUCUGUGUGCCCAGCAGCCCCGAGUCUUGUCUGGAGAAAGAGAAGGACUCAGAGGAGGAGAAGGAGGAGAAAGAAGAGAAGAAAGACCCAACUUUGCCUAGACCCAAGCCAGCUAAAAUACAGACCAAAAAAAACAAGUCAAGAGGCCCAGCAGGAGGACGAGCCAGGACUCCAAAAGAGAAGACUGUGAAGAAGUCUCUGGGCAGUGAGUCUGCAUUCCCUCCUGGACCCGUUUUGGGAGGGAAAGAAGAACAGGGGAAUUCAGACCUGGACCAUCCAGGCCCUAAAAAAAAAUUUAAGGCUCCUGAAAGCAAGGCCUCAGUGACCAACUUACCCGAGGAGAAGGAAAUUAAAAUUGUAUCAAAGUGCCCUGCUCCACCAGCUCCACAUGGGGCUUGUCCAUUGGGAAAGGAAGGUCCUGGGCCUCAGGAGCCCCUGACACAGGAGGCAGCAAGAUUCCUUCCUGAAGAUGAUGGUUCCAGUGACCUGGACUUGGAGCAACUCAUGGAAGACAUUGGGGAGGCAGAGGAGAGAGGGGAGUCGCAGCAGGGGGAUGGCUCAGAGGAGUUCCUGGCGGGUCUCUUUGAGGAGUAGUGUGCUCUGGUCCUUCUACUGCUGACUGCCUCUCAGUGAUCCUGAGCAGAUGUUGGAUGUCGGGGUUGGUGACCUGCUCCAGGCUUCAGGUCAGAGCUGUGCAUCCUGGGUAAUAAAGCAGGUCUCUGGGG